AUGACAGUAAAAUACGAAAUUGCCGAAAUCAUUCGCCAAAAGAAGUCGCGGUACUGCAGAGCAAUUGAUACGAAGCAAUGGAAUGAGAUUGUCAAGCUUGCAUGGACGGACGCCGAUCUCACCUUUUACGACCCCAGCGGCUCGGUCUCCACGAGCGGACAGACUAGACUGUUGUUUACAUCACCUCAGGACUUUACAAAGUUCCUGCGCCAGGCGUUUGCCAACGCGCACACGCUCCACCAGGUGGGAGAGGGCGACUUGGAGCAGGUUUCGGCCGACGAGGUUCAAGCGAUCUGGGGAAUGGAGGACCAGAUCAUCGUCGACGUAUUACCGGGGCUCUCCAUCAGCAUCAGAGGCGGAGGCUACUACCAUGAGACCUGGAGGGAAAAGGAUGGAGAUUGGUUCCUCCAGUCUUUGAAGCUGCGGAGAACUUAUUGGCAACCCAGCUUCGCCGCGAAGGUGCUCCUCUUUCUGCAACGACUCCUGGGACUCUGA